UAGAUCAUUUUGUUUUGUUUAUGCGUUCAGAAUGAAUCAACCAAACAAUUCUUCUAUCACUGUAAUCUCACCACAUUUUUGCACGCCAGAUCUCUACACUGCCAUGAAAGUUAAAAAUGUAACACAAGGUAAUAAGUUGGGUGUUUUUGAUACCAAUGGAAACAAUAUCUUCAAAGUUACAGGUAAUUUUCUCAGCCUCAGUCGCGGUAUGCUUGUCGAUGCUGCCGGAGUUCCUCUCGUGACUUUAAAAAACAACAGUCGAUGGAAAGUGUAUAGAGGAGAUAGCUCAAACUCAGAAAAUCUCUUGUUUAGUGUCAAGACGUCCACGGCUAUACUACAAUUCAAGGCUGACUUGCAUGUGUUCUUAGCAUCCAACACAAAUGAAGAUGUCUGUGACUUCAAGGUUGAACGAAACUACAGUGGGAAAACAUCAUCUUAUGUCGUCUAUCGAGGAGGAUCGGUCAUUGCUGAGAUGCACAAAGAAAAGACUGUCCAAGGUAAAGUUUUGGGUAAGGACACAUUCUCAGUCACUAUCCACCCCAACGUCGAUUAUGCAUUUAUUAUCGCACUUCGUGUGGUUCUGGAUGAAAUGGAAAAGGCUGACAAGGGAGCCAAGUGGGGGGACGGGGCGGGGAUGGGGCUGGAAGCGGCAUCCGGGGCAGUGAUGGGAAUGAUUACUGCAUGAUACCAUGAGAUUAGUAGAAACCGUACUACGCUUACAAAUGCACUAAAAUUGUGUAAUUUACUACAGUAGAACCUCCAUAUAUUUAAUAACCUCUACGUAAGGAGUAAUAAAUAUUUAUAGUUCCAACUUGGGCCAAUGAGGAAUAGUAAUAACCUCGCCAUGUUAAUAUUAAUGAUUUUUUUCAGUUCCGUCUUCAAGAAUUUACCUCCAAAUAGUAAUAGUCAACAUUAAAUGUAUGAUUAAACAAAAUACUUAUUUGUAGUUGUUCGAGAAAAAGAAGUG